AUGUACAAUGCUCUUCGAAAUGCUGCUUUAAGGCAUUUUAGCCCCCGAUUUGUGUGUUGUCAAAGGAAUACUAGUAUCAAGAACAGUUGCUCAAACGUUGGCUUGUCCUUUAAAAGUUCAUCCUCACAACCUAGGUUUUCAUGUCCUUUUAGAAAUGCUAGUGAGCAGAAAAAAAUGCCGAGGGAGGCAUCAGAUUACAUGUUUCGCAGGUUUUAUGACGAAGUGCAUUUCUACUUGAUGUUGGGCCUUAUCCCUACACUUCUCCUUGUCUUUUUUGUUAAUGUAUUUAUUGGGCCGGCUGAGUUAACGGAUAUACCGGACGGUUAUGAGCCUCAUUAUUGGGAAUAUCACAAACAUCCAAUAUCUCGUUUCAUCGCCAAGUAUAUAACUGUUAACCCUCAAAAAGCCUAUGAGGCAACUAUGGGACAAUUGGAUGAUUAUCGCGUUGGAAAAGAAAUAGUUGAAGAGGAAAGAUGGUUUCGAAAAGCACAACAUGAACAUGAUGACUAUCGGGGUUGGUUUUUCAUUCCAGUUAAUCCAGUCGGUGUUAAUCGCUCAUUUGAAAAACUGCAGGAAGAUCAGGAAGCUGGCUCAUUUGCCGCUCGUUAA